CCCACAGUGACGAGAAAGCACUGAAGUCCUAGAAAUUGAGCCGUACAGUGUCCCUUUUAGCCUUCGUUUUCCACAGCAAUCGCCGCCGAAUCGCCGCCCGUUCAGCUCCAGACGUAAGAUUACAAUGAUGAUGGUGGUAAGGUAUUUCAGGCGAACACUGUUUGCUGCAGCCAAAUCAGAAUCUUCUGGUGCUGCUUCUAUGGCUAGGACGACGGCCCACAACCCGCUCGAGGAGUUCUUUGAAGCAGAUAGGAAGGCGGAUGAAGAAAAGCCAGUUGUAUAUGGUCGAAGUUGGAAGGCUCAGGAACUGCGCCUGAAGUCUUGGGAUGAUCUCAAUAAGCUAUGGUUUGUUCUGCUUAAAGAGAAAAACAUGCUGAUGACUCAACGUCAGAUGCUUCAUGCACAGAAUCUUCGUUUUCCUAAUCCUGAGCGCCUUCCCAAAGUGAGGAAGUCAAUGUGUCGUAUCAAGCAUGUACUCACUGAGAGAGCAAUUGAAGAACCUGAUUCAAGGAGGUCUGCUGAGAUGAAGAGGAUGAUAAAUGCGUUGUGAGAGCCUCUACCCCCGUGUAUUGGAUAGUUGGUGAUACUGGCAAUGCUGCCUAGCUUCUUUCUCUCCUUUCAUGUAGGACUAGAAUCUUGUGGUGAUCCAAAUUAAAAGGAGCAACUUGUAAUAUUUGAUAAAAUCUAUGAUGGCUUUAUCUUUCUGUUUUGAUGAACUCUUAUGGUGGCUUUGUUUCUUUGUGAGCAAAAUAAUUAAUACAAUUUCUUA